AGAGGCUGGAACAGGCGUGCAGCUGUAAACGGAGGACGCUCCGACUUUAUCCGUGUUAAUGUUCAUAAGAUUAAAAUGUAUUGAAUAUCACGACGGUUCUAAAACUUCUUUCGAGCCCUAUAAGCCGGUUCUUGUUAGGUUGCAGCGCUUAACUAAAGAGUCCCACACAGAAGGUCCACACUAUGACUGGCAAUCCAGUGGACUGCACUGUGAAGUCCACAGUGGCCCUGCAGAUAGGGGAUGUAGUGUCAGACUCGUUCCGUCCUGGUGUCUACAUAACUGAUGUUGUGUUUGGAGAGCCAGUCAACAUUCAGGAGAUUUCCUUCAAGAAUUCGUACACAGCCUUUUUGACGGUGCGCGUGCUGAGGAAGGAGGCGGGGAGCGAGGAUGGCUCGACUAAGUGGGUCACCUGUGUGAGAAAUCACUGUCUGAUGGCCAACCCACACACUGAAGAAGGAUCACAGGACUACUUCUCCAUCUACAGACAGCAGAUGCUGACACAGCCGGAUAACGUUACUACAGUGCGGCUCAUACAGAGGCAGCCCUCGUCCGUCUGGCUUAAUUUCAACAUUGAAGAGAUCAAAAUCUACCCACUUGUGCAUGAAGACUCUGAGAGAGACGUUCCUUCCUGGUUAUCCACCAUCACACCUGUUGAGGAGCCUCUUGAUUUGAAUGGUCUUCCUGACCCAGACGAAGUGUCAUCCAGCAUUCAGCAGAUGUGGGCACUCACUGAGAUCAUGCAGUCCAGCCAAACCUCAGCCUCAAUCGGCCGCUUUGACGUGGACGGCUCUUACGACAUCAACCUGCUUUCGUACACAUAACAGGAAGUGACGGUCAUUGCAGAAGUAGCCAUGUAGACAGAAGCUGCAGGAAAGCAUGUGACAUUAUUUACCAUUGUAUGAUACUGGUGAAGCUGGAAGCUGUGCAUUCCAUCUCUGAAACCCCGUCCACCAGCACACCCCACCUACAACCCCCACUCAAGUGAAUAAAUGAUAAAUGAAUGAUUUCAAAAAGGCUGUCUUUCAAAAUAGAUUGCAGCAGUGUCCUCCAACAAGACCCCAGUGGUUGGGAAUUGUAACUGUGUGGCAUGGAAAUUUGUUAAGACUCCAAAUGGAAGCUUUAAUUUAAUACUGAGAGAAAUGGGUUAAAUAUAAAGAACAACCAAUUAUUUAGUGUAAGCAAAUGUGGAAUAACAGUUGAUGAUGUAUAACAGUUAUGGUCAUUAACUGUGAACAGCAGAAGACUAUGUAGCCAUGGGUUUCUGUUUUCAUCCCUUUCUUUAUUUCAUUCUUUUCAUUCUCUUGUAGCAAUCAUAGAAAUAAAAUGAUAAAAGGAUUAUAGUUGAAUUCGCCAGAAAGAAUGGGAAAUUAUGGGUUAUAGGGCCCAGUAGUUCAUUGCUGUGUUCUACACAACGUAUUUCAAUUAACUCAGUCAUUUUCAUUAAAUUAUCAGGCGCG